AUGGCAAUAUUGAACUCAGUCAGUGGUGUUGCAAGUGAAGUAGCGCAUCAGCCCAGCCGCCCCAGCUACAUCAAGCUAGUUUUAGACCAGACUUUGAUCACCUGUCAAGUCCGUGACUAUGACUAUCCAGGCAGUGGAACAACUGAAGAUCCAUACAUGGUCGACUGGCUUCCCAACGAUCCCAAGAAUGGCUUCAACUUGCCUGCAGCUGUGAAAUGGACCAUUGUUUUGAUCUGCGCCUUCAGCACGCUUGCCUGCUCUUUUUCUUCGACAGUCUUCGCUGGCGCAAUCAUUCAAAUUGAGGAUUUCUUCCACGUGAGAGAGGAGAUAGCAAUCCUCAGUGUUUGCCUCUAUGUACUGGGAUUCGCCCUUGGCCCGCUUCUUUGGGGCCCGCUCUCCGAACUCUACGGUCGCCAAUCUAUCUACCUUAUUACCAUGGGCGCGUCGGUCUUGUUCGAGGGUGCGGCGACUGCUAGCAAGCCAGAUCGAGUUGCUGCCUUAAUUGUGCUUCGCUUUCUGGUGGGUUCAUUUAGCUCGGCGGCAAUUUCCAACUCACCUGGUGUAGUCGCCGAUAUCUUCGUACCGGCGGAGCGUGGGCUCGCCGUUAUGGUAUACUCUAUGUUCCCUUUCCUUGGCCCAACCUUAGGCCCUGUCUGCGGUAACUUCCUCGCGGCUGGUGCCGGAUGGAGAUGGGUUAAUGUUCUAUGCACUGUCUUCUUCGCCAUGAUGUUUGUUGUCGGUCUGGUCUUUGUGCCUGAGACUUACGCGCCCUAUAUCCUACGACGUCGCGCAAAGAUACUAAGCAAGGAGACCGGCAAAGUCUUUGUUAGCAAACUCGACAUUGGCAUCCCGCCCAAGACUCUUAGAGCUACCUUGAGCACGGCUAUCACGAGGCCUAUUGUCAUGGCAAUACGGGAACCAAUAUCGACUGCUAUGGCUGUGUAUGCUGCGAUUAUCUAUGGUAUUCUCUAUCUAAUUUUCGCGGCUUUUCCCAUUAUUUUUAUCACUGAACGCCACUGGAGCCAAGGUGUGUCGGGCUUAUCCUACAUUGGCAUCAUGAUCGGUCAGAUUCUUGCUGUGCCCUUCUAUGUUGUCCUUGAAAUUAAGUACCGCAAGAAAAUCGCCUGCAAAGCGGUUGUGCCGAACCCUGAAAUGCGUCUUGAGCCGGCCUUCUAUGGAGCUGUGAUGCUCCCUGUCAGCCUGUUUUGGUUCGCGUGGACAUCAUACACUGGUAUUCACUGGGCAGUGGGCCUUGUGGGCACUAUUUUCUUUGGGUUGGGCAAUGUUCUCGUCUUCAUCUCCAUGACAAACUACCUUAUUGAUACAUAUAGCCUGUUUGCUGCCACAGCAGCGGCUACCAACGCUAUGGCUCGCGCCCUCUUUGGCUUUGCAUUCCCUCUUUUCACCACGUACAUGUACAAUAAUCUCGGGACUCAGUGGGCCUCGUCUAUUCCUGCUUUCCUGUCUUUGGCAUUCACGCCUUUGCCUUUUAUCUUUUUCCGAUUUGGCUCAAAAUUGCGCGCUAAAUCCAAAUUUGCCAACGAGGCCGAAAGACAACUGGCAAAGCUGCAGGAAGUACGCCAGAAUGUGGAGAAACGGUUUGAAGAAAAGCAAGCUCGUGAUAAUACAAGAUCCUCUGACAUAGAGGAAACUGAGAAUGUUGCCAGUACCAUCGCCAAAAAUUCAGAAGUUGCCGCCGUUGACCGUUCAAACUCCGGCUCCAACUGA